AUGACCAUCAAACCUUUUCCAAUUUGUGUUUUUCCAGUUGGAGCCAAACCUCAGGUGCAGAGCUCCAAGCUUCCUCUCUCAGUGUGUAACUCUGCUAAUGAAGACUGCCUUUUCACAAGGGGUGCCAGAGUGCGCAAAGAUGGAGAUGUGGUGAUUGGGGGUUUUUUCUGCCUUUGUACUGGUUUAUACUUGACUGGUACUAUUGAUAUACAGCCUAGCAAGGACUUCAUUACCCUUGUGGAUGUUCCAGGCCUCCAGGAGCUGAAGCAAGGAAACUUCCAUGUGGCCACAGGAACAAGACAUCAGCUUAUGCCCAACAGUUAUCAGAAUGUUCUAGCCUUAAUUUUUGCCAUUGAAGAGAUCAACUGGAGUAUUCAGCUUUUACCCAACAUAUCUCUCGGAUAUGAGUUUCAUAACUUCCUUUAUAGUCAUUGGAGGAUAUUGGAAAGUUUCCUCAUUUUGCAAACAGGACAGGACGGGAUCCCUAACUACACGUGUGGGAGAGAAACCAAGUCUGUCGCAUUAUUAACAGGAACAUCAUGGGCAACUUCUGCUCAAAUUGGAGGACUAUUGGAACUGUAUAAAUUUCCACAGAUUACUUUUGGCUCUUUUGAUCCUAUGUUGAGUGAAAAUAGACAGUUUCCUUCUCUCUACCAGAUGGCCCCCAAGGACACAUCUCUUGCCAUUAGAAUGGUCUCCUUGAUCCUUCAUUUCAGCUGGAACUGGGUGGGGCUGGUCAUCACAGAAGGUCAGAAUGGCCUCAAGUUUCUCUCAGAUAUGAGAGCAGAGAUGGACAGAAAUGGAGUUUGUGUAGCAUUUGUGAAAAUGAUCUCAACUUCUCUUGUGUCCUAUCUCUCAACAACAAAGCUGCAUGAUUUUCUGACCAGAGAAACAUCACCAGUAAAUGUAGUUAUCAUUUACUAUGAUACGGAUAGUCUAAAUGAUGUAAAUUAUUGUAUAGGACUACAUUUAGUGACAUGGAGAGUCUGGAUCACAAACUCACAGUGGCAUGCUGAUAUCACUGGAAAAAAUUUCAUACUUGACUCAUUCCAUGGGACUUUCAUUUUUUCAUACCAUCAUGAGGAGAUUUCUGGUUUUAAAAAUUUUAUCCAGACAGCUAUCCCCUCCAAAUAUCCAGAAGAUCCUUUCCUUGCUCUGUAUUGGUUCCAGAAUUUUCAUUGCUCGUUGUCUGAGUCUACCUGUACAUUAAAGAACUGUACACCUAAUGCGUCUUUGGCCUGGUUACCUGGAAAUCAUUUCGACAUGGACAUGAGUGAUGGGAGUUACAAUAUAUACAACGCUGUGUAUGCUGUGGCACACGCCCUGCAUGAGAUGUUUUUUCAACAAGUGCAAGUGCAGUCAACAUCAAAGGGAGGAUGGACAGUGCUUUCCCUAUGGCAGCUGCAUCCGUUUCUGAAGACUAUCCAGUUUAACAAUCCUACCGGAGACCAAGUGAAUUUGGACCACAAAAGAAAACUUGAUGCAAAGUAUGACAUUCUCAACUUUUGGAAUUUUCCAGAAGGCCUUAAACUUAGGGUGAAAGUUGGAGAAUUUUCCCCACAUGUUCCACAUGGUCAACAAUUGUCUUUAUCUGAAAUGAUAAUAGAGUGGGCCACAGGGAUUACAGAGACUCCUCAAUCUGUAUGCAGUGAGAGUUGUAAACCUGGCUUUAGGAAAACUCCUCAGGAGGGAAAACCCACCUGUUGUUUUGAUUGCACCCACUGCCCAGAGAAUGAGUUUACUAAUGACACAGCAGAUAUGGAACAGUGCGUGAAGUGUCAAGAUCACCAAUAUGCCAACUCUCAGCAAAGCCACUGCCUCCCCAAAUCUGUAACUUUUCUGGCUUAUGAAGACCCCUUGGGAAAGGUUCUGACUGGCACAGCCUUGAGCUUUGUUAUUCUGACAGGUGUUGUUCUUGGAGUCUUUAUAAAGCACAGGCACACUCCCAUAGUUAAAGCCAAUAAUGAGGCUCUCAGUUACAUCCCGCUCACCUCUCUCAUCUCCUGUUUUCUCUGCUCCUUACUUUUCAUUGGGCAUCCCAACACGGCCACCUGCAUUCUCCGUCAAACUACCUUUGGAGUUGUGUUUACUGUGGCUGUUUCUACUGUCUUGGCCAAAACUGUCACGGUGGUUCUGGCUUUUAAGAUCACCAGUCCAGGCAGAAGGAUGAGGCAAUUGCUGAUAUCAGGGGCACCUAACUGCAUCAUCCCCAUCUGCUCUCUGAUCCAAUUCAUUCUCUGUGGAAUCUGGAUGGCAACAAAUCCACCUUUCAUUGACACGGAUGCACACUCUGAGCAGGGCCACAUAAUUGUGUGCAACAAGGGCUCCCUAACUGCCUUCUACUGUGUCCUUGGAUACCUGGGCUCUCUGGCCUUAGCAAGCUUCACUGUGGCUUUCCUAGCCAGGAACUUGCCUGACACAUUCAAUGAAGCCAAAUACCUGACAUUCAGCAUGCUAGUGUUCUGCAUUGUGUGGGCCACCUUCCUCCCCGUCUACCACAGCACCAAGGGGAAGGUCAUGGUGGCCAUGGAGGUCUUCUCCAUCUUGGCCUCCAGUGCAGGGAUGCUGUGCUGUAUCUUUGCCCCUAAGUGCUACAUCAUUUUGUUAAGGCCAAAUAGAAGUUAUCUGUGUAAGUUCAGAGAUAAAACACAUUCUUGGAGAAAGAUUCAUUCUUGAGUUAAAAUAUGCUUUCUCUAAAAUGCACAGU